AUUGCUGGUGCAAUUUUCCAGAAAACGAACUCAUAUCACAGGAACGAUCCAACGAAAUUAACCGUCUGAAUUUUGCCGGUGCCGGCGUUGCCCCGGCACUUCCCCUUUCCCUAACCGAAGCGAACGCAGGAGGACGAAAACUCUGCGUUCGUGCACGGAAUCGACGAACGACGCACGCUUGUCCAACGGCGACCCUUUGCAUUUAAGAGGGUUCGCAUGCCCUGUGUGACCCCAGCGACGACGAAGAUGAGGGGCGGCGGCGAGUUCCGGUUCUUCCUGUCGCGCGACAUAAACCUUCCCGUCACCUUCCGGGUCAAGAACUUGGACGGCGCUCUGCCUCCUCCUCAGCGCGCUCCAAACUCAGAGAUUGAUCAUAGCGCAGAGGAGCGAAAGGUGGAGCUAUACGUUGAGUGCUCUCUAUACAUUGACGGUGCCCCAUUUGGCCUUCCCACUAGAACAAGGUUGGAAUCUGCAGGGCCACCAUAUUUUUGGAAUGAACUCAUCACUCUGAGUACUAAAUAUCGAGACUUAACUGCUCACUCACAACUUGCUUUAACAGUCUGGGAUGUUUCUUGUGGAAAAGAGGAGGGGUUGAUUGGUGGGGCUACGAUUCUUCUAUUUAGCAGCAAAAAGCAGCUCAAAACAGGGAAGCAGAAGCUUAGACUUUGGCAAGGAAAGGAAGCUGAUGGCUCAUUUCCGACAAAUACUCCGGGAAAGGUCCCUAAGCAUGAGCGGGGCGAGUUGGAGCGCUUGGAAAAGCUUAUGAAUAAAUAUGAAAGAGGACAGAUUCAAAGAAUUGAUUGGCUAGACCGCCUUGCGUUUAAAGCUAUGGACAAAGUCAAGGAACGGGAGAGCAAUAAAAUUGGGAAUUCCUAUCUAUACCUGGUUGUUGACUUUUGUAGCUUUGAACAUCAAGUUGUUUUCCAGGAAUCUGGGGCGAAUUUCUUACCUCCACCAAUUAUUUCAACAAAUGAACUUGUUAUAGUUUCAGACCCUGAAAUGGGAAGGAUAAAUCCAUCUGAGCACAAGCAACUAAAGCUAGCAAGGAGCUUAACCCGUGGUAUCAUUGACAAGGAUCUUAAACCAAACUCUACCCAAAGGAAGUCAAUACAAAAACUACUUAAAUAUCCUCCUACAAGGACUUUAAGUGGAGACGAGAGGCAGCUCCUUUGGAAAUUUCGCUUUUCUUUGAUGUCUGAGAAGAGAGCUCUCACGAAGUUCCUUCGCUGUGUUGAAUGGAGUGAUGUUCAGGAAGCUAAGCAGGCAUUAGAAUUAAUGGGAAGGUGGGAAACAAUUGAUGUGUGCGAUGCCCUAGAACUUUUAUCUCCUGUUUUUGAAAGUGAGGAGGUUCGUGCAUAUGCUGUCAGUGUGCUUGAGAGGGCUGAUGAUGAAGAGCUGCAGUGCUACUUGCUUCAGUUGGUUCAAGCUCUUCGCUUUGAACGAUCUGAUAAAUCUCGCCUUUCUCAGUUUCUUGUGCAACGCUCAUUGCGUAAUAUUGAGCUGGCCAGCUUUCUCCGGUGGUAUGUUGCUGUGGAACUUUAUGAUUGUGGUUUUGCUAAACGAUACUACUGUACUUAUGAGAUCUUGGAAGAGCAUAUGAUGAAGUUGGCAUCUGUUGUCAUUGGAAAUGAAGAUGGAUUCAAACUCUGGCAAAGUUUGGUGCGUCAGACAGAGUUGACGGCCCAGUUGUGUUCGAUAAUGAGGGACGUUAGAAAUGUACGUGGCAAUACCCAGAAAAAGAUUGAGAAGCUUAGACAGCUUCUUUCUGGUCUUCUAAGUGAGCUCACAUAUUUUGAGGAGCCAAUACGAUCGCCACUCACUCCCGGUGUCCUCAUCACUGGUAUUGAUCCUUCAGAGUCAUCAAUAUUCAAGAGUGCACUUCAUCCUCUUCGUCUUACUUUCAGAACAGCGAGUGGUGGAAAUUGCAAGAUAAUAUUCAAGAAGGGAGAUGAUAUUCGACAAGAUCAAUUGGUUAUCCAGAUGGUCUCUCUUAUGGAUCGAUUACUAAAGUCGGAGAACCUGGAUUUAUGCUUGACUCCGUAUAAGGUACUAGCCACUGGACAAGAUGAAGGCAUGUUGGAAUUUAUACCUUCUCGGUCUUUGGCACAGAUUCUCUCAGAGCAUCGAAGUAUUAUCAGUUAUCUACAGAAGUUUCAUCCUGAUGAGCAUGGACCAUUUGGGAUUACAGCUACAUGCCUUGAUACGUUUAUAAAAAGCUGUGCUGGGUACUCUGUUAUUACAUAUAUACUUGGCAUUGGAGACAGACACCUGGACAACCUUCUUCUCAGGGAUGAUGGACGUCUUUUCCACGUUGACUUUGGUUUUAUUCUUGGCCGGGAUCCUAAGCCAUUUCCGCCCCCAAUGAAACUUUGCAAAGAAAUGGUAGAAGCUAUGGGUGGAACUGAAAGCCAGUACUACACGAGAUUCAAGACAUAUUGUUGUGAAGCAUACAACAUUCUUCGGAAAUCAAGUAACCUAAUCUUGAACCUUUUCCAUCUGAUGGCGGGCUCGAACAUCCCGGACAUUGCUUCUGAUCCUGAAAAAGGAAUCCUUAAGCUUCAGGAGAAGUUCAACUUGGAUCUGGACGAUGAAGCCUGCAUACAUUUCUUUCAGGGUCUUAUCACCGAUAGCGUUAAUGCAUUGUUCCCUCAAAUGGUGGAAACUAUUCAUCGGUGGGCUCAAUAUUGGCGAUGAUUCAGAAAUAUAUCUGGAGUUGCGAAUCUGAAGAUUCAGAACAGGUGCCUUGCUAGUUUCGAGGCCAAAAGUUGAAGGCCAUUUGAGCCAACAAUAUAAUUUACACCAUCAUCUGGGUUCCUGGUCCUGAAUCAGUCUUUAGACACAUGCAAGUUUUACUGAAUCCGGGGGUAAAAGUUCGAUCCCUGACAAUAAAAGCUCCCUUGAGAGCAAUGGCUGCAUUCUGUUGCUGCAGACAGCGAGCGCGCUCAAGGAAACGGGCAGGGGAAAACACAUUUUCUUUCCCUCUUUUUGUUAGAUAUUAUUUAUUAUGUAACUAGGAUCUUGUCUUCUGCCUGGUUCUCUCC